AUGGUACACUCCGUACGCCGUACAGGCACGCCUCACGAUAUCGUAAUACUCACCAUGAACGUCUCCAAUCGCACGCUAGAGUCGCUGGUAGCCUUGGGGGCGAAGAUCGAGCCCAUUCUGGAGCCCGUGCCUUAUCCGUUCGCCGUCACGGCGGACCGACUUGCCAUCAACAAGCCGUGCAGGUACUCGAAGCUGCUGAUGUGGAACAUGGUGCGCUACCGCAAGCUCAUCUACCUGGACUCGGACCUGCUCGUGCUGCACAGCAUCGACGACCUCUUCCACCGCCCGCAGCUGUCCGCGGCGCCCGACACGCUGCCGCCCGACAAGUUCAACAGCGGGCUGAUGGUGGUGGAGCCCAACCGCGCCAUGUUCAAAGACAUGCUCUCCAAGAUCGCCACUCUCGUCUCACCCAACGUGGGCGACCAGGGCUUCCUGAACAGCUACUUCUCGUCGUGGUACCAGCAGGGCCCCGUGCACCACAUCGACUACACGUACAACGCGCUCGUGCGCAUCUCCGUGUCGCCCGGCUGGCGCCUCUUCAUCGAGCCCAAGCUCAAGGUGCUGCACUUCUCGGGCAACACCAAGCCCUGGAACAUGAUGGUCGACCGCCAGGUGUGUGUGCUUCACCUCCCCCGCUUGGGUGCCUCCUCCUCCUCCUCCUCCUCCCCCUCCUCCUCCUCCUCCUCCUCCUCCUCCUCCUCCUCCUCCUCCUCCUCCUCCUCCUCCUCCUCCUCCUCCUCCUCCUCCUCCUCCUCCUCCUCCUCCUCCUCCUCCUCCUCCUCCUCCUCCUCCUCCUCCUCCUCCUCCUCCUCCUCCUUCUCCUCCUCCCUCCCCCCUCCUUUCCCCUCCCGUUCCUUUCAAAAUUCUCUCCCUUUCCCCCCCGUCCCCACGUCCUCCCUUGCGCCACGGCAGUUCCCCACAACGAGGGCGUUCGACCACCGGUGGUGGGAGGUGUAUGACGACGUCUACUCCAUCCUGCACCGCCAGGCGCUCAAAUCCUCCAAGUCCGCCUCCUCCUCCUCCGCCUUCAACUCCCGCUCCACCCUCGACACCACCGCUGCUGCCACUGCAGCUGCUGCUGAGAAGGCUGGUGGUGGGGGGAGUGGAGGGGUUGGGGGGGCGGGGGAGAGCUUGGAGGCGGUGGCGACUGCUGCCCGGCUGGCAGCAGCAGCGGCGGCAGCAGCAGGGUCGCCCUCGGAGCCGCCCCAGCUGGCGCCGCAGUGCCAGCGGAACUACAUGGCGUAUGCCCGCGUCAUCGUGCGCUCCUUCCUUCCUGUCACUCCCAACCCCCGUUCCCCUCCCCAACCGGGCAGCAAGGCACCGAUAACGGACAAGUUCAGUGUGAUCAUCAACUGCUUUGACCGCUUCGACCUGAUGCUCUACUUUGUGCGGCGCUACGCGCGCUUUGAGUUUGUGCACAAGGUGUACAUCGUGUGGGGCAACACGCGCGUGACGCCCUUCCACCCCGCCUACUUCAACGUGUCCAAGCCCGUCGAGAUCCUCUACUCCGGCAUCGACUCGCUCAACGACCGCUUCAAACCCAUCCGCUCCCUGGAGACAGAGGCAGUGCUGAUGUGUGACGACGACAUCGAGGUGCAUCCAGGUGCGCUGCGAGUGGCGUUUGAGCGGUGGCAGGAGGAGAAGUACCGCCUCGUCGGCUUCUUCCCGCGCGCGCACUACCGCGAGGUCAACGGGCCGCGCAGCGGGCAGAUGACAUACGUGCUGACGCCGCGGCAGGAGUACAGCAUCGUGCUCACCAAGAUGUUCCUCAUGCACGGCGACUACCUGCGCGCGUACACCUGCAUCAUGCCGCAGCGUGUGCGCGAGUACGUGGAGCGCAACAAGAACUGCGAAGACAUCACCAUGAACUUGGUGGUGACGCAGCUGUCGGGGCUGCCGCCGCUGCUGAUGGAGGACCCCACCAAGCUCGACUACGGCACGUCGUCCGGGCUGUCGUCCCGCGGGAGCCACGACAACUCCAGGUCCGUGUGCAUGAACGACAUUGCCAUCAUGCUGGGGUACAUGUCACUGCGCAACACAUCCGAGGCCGUCACCUACUUCGAACGAGACAAGAUGGUCAAGGUGGUGAGACGGCGGCGGCUGAGCACGGCGGCGCACAUGGUGUUUGAGCCGGUGUUUGACGCGUUUGAGCACCGCGGCAGCAAGCAGUUCCUGAAGCAGCUCACCUUCCAGCACCCCCUCAUCACCACGGAGAUCGCCCAAGUGCCCACGCACACCGUCAACCGACACGUCAUGUGCAUCAAGGGGGACAACGACGAGGACAUGGACGACCCGGCGCGCAACCAGUACACGCUGCUCGACUUCGCCUCCGUGCCCCCGGACGCGGGGCACCUCUCAGGCAGCACCUUCAUCGCGCACAGCCAGUGGGGCUUCGAGGGCCGCUUCACACUGCUGCACCUCGCCUCCUCCCUCGCCACGUGGCGCCGCUCCCACGGCUGCUUCGGCCCCGCCCGCCUCAUGCUCUUCCAGGAUGGCAUGCUCCGCACGCAGAUAUCAGCGUGGGCCAGCAACCUGCUCAAGGCAGUGUUGGGGCCGGGAGCAGCGCCGCCGUUCAAGCCACCGGACGGGGUGACGCCGCAGUGUCUGGAGAACGCGGUGGUGCUGCGGCAGCGCGACACCUUCAACGCCGAUGAGUGCAGCAGCGACGCUCAAGAGCUGCGCCGCAUUGUCCGUGCCUUCUGCCACACGCGAGUGCCAGCAGUGGCAGCAGCAGAGGACCCCCCGGCACUGCUGGGCGAGGAGGGCAUGGACGUGCGCAUAGCGUUUGCGGGCGACGCGGACAACUGGGCGCGCAUGCCGUGGUUCAACUUCUCCCUCGCCGCCACCUGGAUCCGCCAGGAGUGCGCCGUCUUCUCGCUCUCCUGCCAGGUGGCCACCGUGCCACGAGGGGAGUUCUGCCGCGUCAAGGUUUUGGGCCUGGGCCGAGCGGACAUCGUGAUUGGUCCGUGGGGUGACCGGGCACUGGACAACAUAAUAUUCCUGCUGCCCGGAACAGCGGUGCUGGAGCUGUACCCAUCGAACGCGCAUGAGGAGGACCGCAAGACCGCCAAGCUCGAGGCCGAGUGCCUUGACCUCGCCUAUGAGCAGAUGCGCAUGGACGUGGCGAUGAAGGACGUGCUGUCGUGGGUGAGCAAGCACCUGGAGACGCUGGGGCGGCGGCAGAAGGGUGGCGCAGAGGAGGGCGAGCCCACCUUCCUCGAGACCUGCGUGCACCGCAACCUGCGCUACUGA